ACCGGUUCGCAGCGCCUCUUCCUGGAGCUGCCACCCGGCUCCGGUGCCGUUGACUCGGUUCCCGGUGCCGGGGUCGGGUCCCGGUGGCGGUGCCGGUCCCGGUGCCGGUUCCGGUGCCGGUUCCCGGUGCCGGCCGCCCCCGGUGCGGGCCCGCCCCGCCCCGCCGCACGUGACGCGGCGCGGCGGCAGCGAGCAGCGGGGCCCCGCUCCGCAACGCUCCGGUACCGGCUCCGCUCCGCUCCGGUACCGACCCCGGCUCCGCUCCGCUCCCGGCCCCGCCGCGCCCCCGGAAGUGCCAUGGGCCCCCCCGGACCCCCCCGGGCCACCUAGACGUGUCCCCAGCGGGCGCCGCCACUCCCUCGGCCACCCCACCCCGAGGGCAGCAGGAUGGCCCAGCAGCGCCACGCCGCGCCCCCCCCGCUCAAGACAGAAGAGGAUUACAUCCCCUACCCCAGCGUGCACGAGGUGCUGGGCCGGGAGGGGCCGUUCCCCCUCAUCCUGCUGCCGCAAUUCGGGGGCUACUGGAUCGAGGGCACCAACCACCAGCUGAGCGGGGCACCCGAGCCCCCCCUGACCCCAGCACCCGGCACCCGGGCCAGGCUGGAGGGCAACCACACGGCCAAGAUCUACCGCAAGCACUUCCUCGGCAAGGAGCACUUCAACUACUACUCCCUGGACCCAGCACUGGGCCACCUCGUCUUCUCCCUUAAGUAUGACGAGCAGGAGCACCUCCACCUGCUGCUGCGCACCCGCACCCGCACCCUGCAUGAUGUGGUGCCCAUCUCCUGCCUGGCCGAGUUCCCCAACGUGGUGCAGAUGGCCAAGCUGGUGUGCGAGGACGUCAACGUGGAUCGCUUCUACCCCGUGCUCUACCCCAAGGCGUCCCGCCUCAUCCUUGCCUUUGAUGAGCACGUGCUCAGCAACCACUUUAAAUUCGGCGUCAUCUACCAAAAGCUGGGGCAGACCUCCGAGGAGGAGCUCUUCGGCACCACGGAGGAGAGCCCGGCCUUCGCCGAGUUCCUCGACGUCCUGGGCCAGCGGGUGCAGCUGCGCGACUUCAAGGGGUUUCGGGGGGGGCUGGACGUGACGCAUGGGCAGACGGGCAGCGAGUCGGUGUACUGCCACUUCCGCGACAAGGAGAUCAUGUUCCACGUCUCCACCAAGCUGCCCUACACCGAGGGUGAUGCCCAGCAGCUUCAGCGGAAGCGCCACAUCGGCAACGACAUCGUGGCCAUCGUCUUCCAGGACGAGAACACCCCCUUCGUGCCCGACAUGAUCGCCUCCAAUUUCCUGCACGCCUUCGUGGUGGUGCAGCUGGAGCAGGGCGGCCCCCAGGGCACCCUCUACAAGGUCUCGGUCACUGCCCGUGACGACGUGCCCUUCUUCGGCCCGCCUCUGCCCGACCCCGCCAUCUUCAGGAAGGGCCCCGAGUUCCAGGAGUUCCUGCUCACCAAGCUGAUCAACGCUGAGUACGCCUGCUACAAGGCCGAGAAGUUCGCCAAGCUGGAGGAGCGGACGCGGGCGGCGCUGCUGGAGACGCUGCACGAGGAGCUGCAGGGCCGCAGCCAGGCCAUGCUGGGGCUGGGCCCCGACGACGAGCGCCCCGACAACGGCUCCGCCGCCCCCGGCUUCUUCGAGUCCUUCAAGUCGCUGCUGGUGCCCGGGAGUCGCCGGGGACGCCGCGGCAGCGCCAUCGGGCUGGGCUCGGUGGAAGAGGGACGGCCCCGCCGCCAACACCGACGGCACCGGCUCCGCGCACAGCUCCCCCGAGAGCCGCCGGCACCCGGACAGGGCGGAGAGGCCGGAGCCUCCGCGGGACUUCUCCCGCUCGUCCUCCAGCGCCAGCAGCUUCGGCAGCGUGGCCGAGGAGCCGGACGAGCACCCCGAGGCCGAGCCGGGCAGGCCGCUCGCCCUCGGGGACGCCCCGCCAGUGUGACGCCUUCGCCGACCCCCCCUGGCCGGAGGAGCCCCUCGGCACCCCCCCAGGCAGCGCCCGCCGCCCCGCCGAGCCCCCCUGCCCCGAGAUCAAAAUCCAGCUGGAGCGGCCCCCCCCGACCCCGGGCUCGUAGCCGUGCCCACCCCCCCCAAAUCCUGGGGGGGCCACCGCCGGAGGAGGGUCCCCGCCGUGUCCCACCCCCGCCGUGCCGCCCGCCGCUUCGCCCCCCCCCCCGCCCCCAUCGCUCGUGUGCCAGGAGCCGAAGCCAUCGUCCCCGGUGCGGGAUCGGGGCCCCCCCGUGGGGUGUCCCCCCCCCCCCCCCCUCCAGACAAUCUCUGUCACCCCAAAUGCCUCUUUUGGGGGUGACGGGCGCUGGGAUGGGCCACCGAGGGCCCCCCCCAGCCGGUGUGAACGCACAACGCAACGUGGGACCCCCCCCCAAAAUGCAGAGUGGGGCCAGACACAGCAUCGCCGCCCCCCCCCCCGUGUCCGUCCCCCCCCCCCCCCAAAAAAAAAAAAAGCGGGGGCUCAAAUCUGGGGCAAAACCGAGCUGGGGCCGGACGGCUCCGGGUCGCUGCCAGCCCCCGCUUCCACCUCGCCCCCCCCGUCCCCCCCCCCCUUUUAUUUAAGGGAAAAAAGCUCCGGAACGAGACGGACACUGGGGGGGUGGGGGGGACGUAUUUUUUUUUCAGAACCCCUGUGUUUGUGUUUCCCGUGAUCAAUGUUUAAAAUAAAGGUCUAUUUAUCGCUA